CGACACGGACCUCAAACGAGCAAACAUAUCGAUGAAUCCAGGACGGCUAUCGACUGAUCAAAGUCUUUGACGCGUUGAUAUCACCUCGCUGUGCAGAGCCAGCCAUGUCGACCAACAGAGACAUCUACUCUGCUACCUACAGCAAUGUGCCCGUCUACGAGCUCAAAAUCGGCACCGACCACGUCAUGCGACGUCGGUCCGACGACUGGGUCAAUGCCACACAUAUUCUCAAAAUCGCCGGCUUCGAUAAACCUGCCAGGACAAGAAUUUUGGAAAGAGAAGUGCAGAAGGGUGUCCAUGAGAAAAUUCAGGGUGGAUAUGGAAAGUACCAGGGCACAUGGAUUCCGCUCUCUGAAGGGCGCAUGUUGGCAGAGAAGCAUGGAACCUUGAGUCGCAUUUCUGCCAUCUUCGACUAUGUCCCUGGCGAUCGAAGCCCACCGCCUGCCCCGAAGCAUACCACCGCUGCGUCGAAUCGCCCGAAACAGAACAAGCAUGCGGCGCCAAAGAAGGCAGUAGCACAGCCCGUUCAAACCCAACCCUACCAGCCGGUCGAAAACUUCGACGUGGGUAGCGCUCAGUACCAUGAGAGUAGAGAUCCGACACCAGAGACUGCCUCGUUCAUGGCCGACGACGACUUCAUGGCCCUCUCUCAGAAUUCUGCAGCAUCGAGAAAGCGCAAACAACGUGACUUCGAGGAGCACUCUGCUGGCGCUACUGAUCUGGAACACACGAUGUACGGCGAUGAGUUACUAGAUUAUUUCGUCACUGCUGGGGACGAUCCUGCUUCCUCCAACAUUCUCCCUCCUGAACCACCUGCGAAUUUCGCUGUCGAUCGCCCCAUUGAUAACUUGGGGAACAACGCUCUACACUGGGCCUGUGCCAUGGGUGAUGUGCAAAUUGCCCGUGACCUGUUGGCACGAGGUGCUAGUCCUGCUGCUCAAAACACCAGUGGUGGAGAAACUCCUUUGAUCCGAGCCGUCUUGUUCACCAACAAUUACGACAAGCGCACAUUUCCCAAGAUUGUCCAAGCUCUCUCGGGUACGAUUGUUGAGAGAGAUUGGCAUGGUGCGACUGUAUUCCAUCACAUUGCCGAGUCAUCGCGGUCCAGGGGUAAAUGGAGUUGUGCUCGAUAUUAUUGCGAAGUCUUGAUCAACAAGAUGCAGGAGAUGGGAUCCAACUAUGUUCAUGCUUUGCUGACCUCGGUCGACACCAAUCACGACACAGCAGCCUUAUGUGCCAUCAGAAAUGGAUGUGUCAAGGUAGCGACGUUCCUCCUGAACCACUGUCCUGAAGCCGGCGAGCUUCCCAACUUGAAAGGGGAGACUGCCAAUGAAUAUCUCCGAGCCCUUCGUGAGAAGAAAGAAAGCCUCCAGCAGCCUGGUUCUUCCCCUCCAAGAACGGGUGAGUCUUUCACUGCCAAACAAGCACGACGCAAGCGUCAGAAGGAUGCCAUUUCACGGGCAGCUUCCCUUGUCCUCGACAAGAUUGGACCUCUCAUGGACGAAGGUAGUUACAAAUUGGCAGACAUGUACGACUCUCAAAUGAAUGAGAAAGAUACAGAGAUUGCCGAAGCAAAGCAGGCUUUAUCCGACUUUGAAGCUCAGCGACACAAAAUCCGCCAGGAGACUUUUACUCUGAUGGCCAAGGCAGAAGAUGCGUCCAAGAUUCCGGCGUUAAGGCAGCAAUACGAUGCCUGCUUGGGUGAGAUUCGAUCUCUUCUCGAACAGAAAGAGCACGGUACACUUCAACAGGAGAUCUUCCAACAGGACAAACAAAUCAACCCGCAGGCUUUCAGGUUUACGAACCCUCAACCUUUAUCGGCUGAUGAGAUGCGCGCGUCCUUGCCUUGGGCCAUCGAACUCAAUCAGCAACAAGCCAUGAGGAAGUAUUGGGUUUUGGAGAUCGCGAAGCUCAUGGGCGAGGCUGGCACAGGUGAAAAGGUUGGGAAGCACCGUAAACUGGUAGCCAUUGCGACAGGUAUGAAGGAGGAGGAACUGGACGGCAUGUCUGGAGAGUUGCUGGAGAACCUGCAGGCCAAUUCAAACACAAACCCUGAAACCCCUCCCACCAUGAUCCAGACCUAGGCGUCACCAAAUCUUGCCUAGAUGUGUGAGAUGCACUAUUAUGACCCACGUAUGAGACAUGAAAUGAUAUGUUUUUGGGUGCUUGGAUGCACUGGACUGUACCUUUAGUCUUUUCUGGGAACGUACCUUGGAGAGUCA